AUGUUGAUUGAAUUAUAUGAUGGCAGCGAUGCAGCUACAUAUAUCUUAUAUAAAUAUAUAAUUCAUAUUCCAAAUCCUUUAAAUUUAACAAAUAUAAUAAUAAGACCAUGUCAUAUCGGAAAACCUUCAAAUUUAAAAUCCAAAUCUAGGCGGGAUUUAAAUGAUGAUAUGUGUAAAGUUGAUUUCAAUUGUAAUAUUAAUGAUGAGAAUUUAUGUGAAAAAGCAAAAAAUUCACUUUAUGAUGCAUGUCAAAACAUUUCAUCAUUGUUAAUAUUAAAAGAACAAAUCGUUAUAAAUGCAACAUUUUUAGCUGAUAAUUCGUAUUAUUUGGGUGCGACAGCACCGGCAAGAUUAUAUCUGUUAAAGUCAGAAGAUGGUGUAAUUAGAGCGUAUCCUCAAGCUCUCGCCAAACAAUUUGAAUUAACUUUAAAUGAUACUCUUCCCUACGAUAUUGAAAUGGUAUUUAAUCCUUAUGAACCAAUCAGUGCACUGCAAUAUAAUUUUUUUAUCAUCUCUCUUCAUGAAAUAUUUCACGGACUUGGAUUUUUUUCACUUUUUGGUAAUAGUUUUGCAACUGAUGUUGGAUUGUCAUCAGAAUCCAUAUCACCCUAUCCUGAGUUUACAGGGAACGUAUUCGAAGGUUUCGUAGAAACAAUUUUUGAUAAAUUUGUAUAUAUCCUAGCGGAUUCUUCAGAACCAGAAAAUAUAGAUAUCAAUUCAUUUACAAAUAUAACUGCUGAAUUUAAUAAAAUUGGACCACCUCCCAAAACCUAUUCAAGUGAAAGUGAAUUUUUGGAGGAGUUAACAGAAUCACCACAAUGGAAAAAUAUUCCACCUUAUUUAUACAGGAAAUUCACAUUACAAGAUAGUACGAUAUUUAUUCCUUUAAAUGAAGAUGUGAGUAAUGGAACUUAUUUAGAAACAGGUAUUGCUUAUAAUCAAGGUUCAACGAUAUCUCAUGUUAGUUCGAAUAAAUAUAGAGAUACUAGUGACUUUUUAAUGGUGUAUAACACGGAAGCUGGAAUAUCAACCGAAUCUUUGAUUAAUAAAUUUGGUGUUUUAAUUAGUCCAAGAUUAAUAGCAAUAAUGUAUUCUAUUGGGGGUGAACCUGAACCUGAAGAUCCAGGAUCACCACCAUCAUCAACAAAUACAAUAAUUCAUAAUAGUUCAUCCACAAAAAUUUGUCUGGAUACUUGGAGAUUAUGGAAAUUUGCAUUAAUGAUUUUAAUUCAGCUAUAG